UCCGCCGCCGGGCACCUGGGGGUGGUUCGCAGCCUCCUGGAUCACGGAGCCUCCGUCAACCAGACCACGCUGACCAACUCGACGCCGCUGCGGGCCGCUUGUUUCGACGGGCACCUGGAGAUCGUGCGCUACUUGGUGGGGGAGCGCGGGGCUGACCUGGAGGUAGCGAACCGGCACGGACACACUUGUUUAAUGAUCUCUUGCUACAAAGGGCACCGGGAAAUCGCGCGUUACUUGCUGGAGAAAGGGGCUGAUGUGAACCGCCGGAGCGUGAAGGGGAACACAGCCCUGCAUGACUGCGCCGAGUCUGGCAGCUUGGAGAUCCUGCAGCUCCUGCUCCGCUCCAAAGCCCGCAUGGAGAAGGAUGGCUAUGGCAUGACUCCUCUGCUGGCUGCCAGUGUCACCGGCCACACCAACAUUGUGGAGUACCUCAUCCAAGGAGGGCUGCAGCAGGAGGAUGAGGAGGCUGCUGUGGAAGCACUGGAGUUGCUGGGUGCUACGUUUGUGGAUAAGAAACGUGACCUGCUGGGAGCCCACAAGUACUGGCGAAGGGCUAUGGAGCUUCGGUGUGAGGGUGGGCAAUACCUGCCCAAGCCUGAGCCCCGGCAGCUGGUGUUGGCCUACGACUAUUCCCGGGAAGUGAGUUCACUGGAGGAACUGGAAGCUUUGAUCACUGAUCCCGAUGAGAUGCGGAUGCAGGCGCUGCUGAUCCGGGAGCGCAUCCUGGGCCCUUCCCACCCCGACACUUCCUACUACAUCCGGUACCGAGGGGCCGUCUACGCCGACUCCGGCAACUUCGAACGCUGCAUCAACCUCUGGAAAUACGCCCUGGACAUGCAGCAAGGCAACCUGGAGCCUCUCAGCCCCAUGACUGCCAGCAGUUUCCUUUCCUUUGCUGAGCUUUUCUCUUACGUGCUUCAGGACCGCUCCAAAGGCACUUUAGCCACUCACUUGGGCUUCUCGGACCUCAUGGGAGUGCUGAGCAAAGGGGUCCGGGAGGUGGAGAGGGCACUGGUGCAUGGUAAGGACCCUGUGGUUGACUCAGCUCAGUUCACCAAGACACUGGCUAUUAUCCUCCACUUGGUUUUCUUGCUGGAGAAGGUGGAGUGCACCCCGGAGCAGGAGCACCAGAAACGCCAGACCAUCUACCGCCUGCUCAAGUGCAGCCCCCGGGCCAAGAAUGGCUUCACUCCUUUGCAUAUGGCUGUGGACAAAGAUACCACCACGGUUGGACGUUAUCCCGUGGGCAAGUUCCCAUCCCUCCACGUUGUGAAUUUGCUUCUGGAGUGUGGGGCUGACCCGGACAGCCGUGACUAUGACAACAACACCCCCCUGCACGUUGCUGCCCGUAACAACUGCCCCCUGAUCAUGAGUGCUCUGAUGGAGGCUGGAGCCCACAUGGAUGCCACCAACGCCUUCAAGCAGACUGCUUAUGAGUUGCUGGAUGAGAAGCUGCUCACCAAGAGCAUGAUGCAGCCCUUCAAUUACAUCACCCUCCAGUGCCUUGCUGCUCGCGCCCUGGACAAGCACAAGAUUCCCUACAAGGGUUUCAUCCCCGAGGAGCUGGAAGCCUUCAUUGAACUGCACUAGGGUGGGAGAGCUGAAGGUCCCCAGCCUUUCCUGUCACCCAUUUCACCCCACAGAGGUAGUGCAGCCUGAGAUCUCAGGCCAUCCUUGCCCAGGUGCUGAAGGCCAUCGCUGCGAGCUUUGUCCUCAUCUGUCAUCACAGCUGGCGUGUGCAAGGGUAGGGGAGGAGGCUGCUCCAGAGCUCAUGGCUGUCCCUCCUUGUUGUCAUCUUCAGGUACCAGCUAUCUCCAGGGCACUGUAUCCAGAGAGGGCCACAGCCCCUGCUGUGUCCCAUGCCAACUGUCUGGUCCUGAGAAGGAAGGAAAAUGGAGAUCCUUGGCACCUGCAGC